AUGACUUCUCUGCGGAUAACAGUUGAAGAAAAUGAAGCUGAAACUUUUCAUUAUGAUAUUUUUGAUGAAAAUAAAUCUUUGAAUAUUGAUAUUAGUUUUCAAGACAAUUUAAGGGAAAUGCAGCAAAGGAUGGGGAUCAUCGGUUCGUUCCAAACAUCAGCAAUAUGA